ACGAAGCAACCGGACGCUUUAACCAACCAUCAUAAGACAGACAAGCUCCUACUCUGCGCAUAGAGAAGAUACACCAGGAACCAGUGACCAUGGGGCAAAGAAGAAGAGAAAGAGCCGAAGACAGGAUCAGCAACCUCCCCGACCACCUCCUCCAAUCCAUCCUCCACCUCCUGCCUCUCAAAUCUGCCGUCCGCACCGACCUCCUUUCCAAGCGGUGGCGCGGCCUGUGGCUCAACGUCCUCCUCUCCGCUACCGACCUCGACUUCGGCCCGGACUUCGCCGCCGCCGAGUCCCCCGACCAAUUCUCCGCUACCGUUGACCGAUACCUCCGCCUCCACGGCAACAGCCCUCUCCGCCGCCUCCGCAUCCUCUUUUCCCCCUUCGACCACCUCCUCCCCGCCAUCGACACCUGGGUCGCCGUCGCAGCGACAAAGCGAGUCGAAGAGUUCGACUUGGACUUGUCGCAGGGGAUCAUCGAUGGCGUCGAAGGCGAUUACAUGGACGGCCGGGGGCAGUACCUGCUUCCCGCUGCCCUGUUCCGCUGCGAAUCGCUGACCCACCUGAGCCUUAGCCGGUGCGAUUUCAGUCGACCCGCCCACUUCGCCGUCUUCCGCCGUCUCAACGAGCUCAAUUUGUGCCGCGUCAACGUCACCGACGAGGCGCUACAAGAGUUGCUGGUGGAUUGCCCGGUUCUUGAAAGGCUGAGCCUGAUGAACUGCCGACUCCUCGGGGCGGUCCGAGUCGUCGGAGAACCAGAACUCCAGCUUCGGGCGUUGGCCUUGGUUGAUUGCCCAGGAAUCGACGAGUUGGAGAUCAAUGCGCCUAAGCUGCAAUCGUUUGUCUAUUCCGGCGGGGUAUGCUCCCAGAUUGACUUCGGUGGUAUGCCGGAGCUGGUCGAUGCUAAACUUUCGUUGGUCGCCGGCGAUUCCAUGGAAGCUGACUACGGCGACGCCAUAGCUCAGCUCUCACAAGUCAGGAACCUUUCACUGUGCUCUGGGACCCUUGCGUGUAUAGUUGCAAACGAAGAGUUUGAAGCUGAAGAUUUCGAGGUCAUGUUUCCAAACCUGCACGAACUGCAGGUUACAAUGAAGCAUAUAUCGAAAGAGUACCUCGCUUGCGUUUAUGAUUUCUUUCGACACUAUCCAUCUCCCUUCCUGGAAAAGCUCUUCAUUCAACUUCCCAAAGAUGUUCAUGAUUUGCCGGAGUACUUCAAACUUAUUAUAUCAGAUAUUCAGAAGCCGCCUGAUAUCGCCUUAGAUAAUCUCAAGGUGAUCAAGAUGACAAAUUUCCAAGGAUCAAAUAAUGAGAUGAAGCUGGUGAAGUUUCUCCUAGAAAGGGCUGCUGCGCUCGAAUAUCUAUUACUAGUUUCUCCUCCGUUCGAUGGCACUGAUUGCUUGGCCAAACAAAAUGUCGAAAUCGAACAAACUAACCCUGAAGAAAGGAUGUGGAUCAAAAUAAUUCUUGGUCAGAUUUCUGCGCUACCAAAAGCAUCACCAGAGGUUUGUAUCAAACUGGUUGAGUUCUGGCAAGAUGAGGACACUAUAAAUCCAACACACAACAACAAUCUUUACUCUCGAUACGACUAUCAAUCAGGAACUGUGUGCCAUAAGUUGGUUCAUGCCUUGUUCCGAGGUGAUAUUGGGGUUGAUUAGUGAAUCAUCUCCCUUUUUUGGUUUGAUAUAAUUCAAUUCCAAAGUUUAUGUGCUCUUAUGAUCAUUCGAAAAUUCGAGUGUAUUCACUACUUACCUUUAGCGUCGCAUCUCAAAGAGAAAUAUGCAUGCUUAACUUGGUGUGUGAUGCAUAUGGUCGCUAUUUUAGUGUGUAUUCAGCAAAAGAAUUGGAUGUCGUCUCAG